AUGGGUCCACCAUCUCCAGAACGCUCUUCGUAUGCCGAACAUCUCCUGAAGGAGCUCUCUGAGACAACCUUCGAACCGAUUCCUGAUCCAGAACCUGACAUGGAUACCGUGCCAACCACCAAGCAGCUGCAUACUCUGUUUCAAGACCGCAUCAAUGCCGAUAUCUCACAGCUUUUACAGCGAUUUGAGAAUAUCAUGGCCAUUGCAUCUGCGGAAAACACUAGUUAUGCCGCGAUAGCGGUUGAGAGCUAUCAGAUGGAUGUUGAGUCAACUGCCUUGAUCCGUGCCGCUGAGGACCUCCUCGUCGUGACUCGUAUCAUGAAGGAGAUUUGGCUCUUUGGCAAGCUUGACACCGUUGGUGAAGAUGAACGUGAUAUCCAGCGUCGUGAGCAACUUGAAAAAGAUGUGGCUAGUGUGCAGAAUGCUAUCUACAAUAGCAAUCUGCUCAAGCCCUCGCCUCAAAACGUGCCCGAGAAGAAGUGA